AGCCAAUGAAUCGGCAACGUACCCCUAUGUCUUUUAAGACCUAAUGAACUUGAACAAAUCGAUAUCGUUCGUUUGAAUGCUCGUUGUACAUGCUAAUAAUUAAAGAUAAUUCAAGGAAUAUCAAGCGUUAAAAAGUGAUUGAUUAUCGUUGGAGAAGUUCCGAUGAAUAAUUAUAAUGCGUAUUAUGAUGAUUGAAGUAGUGGAAACUGUUUAGAAUCUUGUCAAGAUUUCGUAAUUAUCUGUCAUAACUUUGUCUCGGAGCGUGCUCUUCCUCUUGUUGACGUCAUACUUGUGUAAAAAAUCAUAUCAAUUGCUGGACCAACGCCAGCUGCAUACAACAUUAUUUCCCUGUCUAGCUUUCUCAUUCUCUCCAUGUAUUCUCUCUUUCUAGUGUUAUGAUCGUUAUCAAUUCUAAUAUGGUCUAGGUAACGUCGCCCUUUGUUCCAAUGAAAAGCUGUCAGUUUUGUGGAGAAUCAGAGAGAGAAAAUGUAGUCGUUGAGUAUUAUAUUUAAGGAAUCUAGGUCCUCUUGUUCCCCUUUCGGGACUGGAUUAGAGAGCCGCACUUUCCGACACUAUAAUGCUUGCAGUAGAUCCGUCGUUUUGAACUUCAAUUUUUGAUGCAUGAAGAUUUCACAUCAUGGUUGAACUAACAAGUAGUUUUGAUAAAGGAAGACACAUUACCAUUGCCUCGUCGUAGCACUUCGAUCUGCAUCCGUGUCAGACUCGACAUAGUGAAGAACGGCUUAAGAGUUACCGCAUGCGCAGCUUUCUCGAAAGGGAAAACAUCAAGUCCGUUUCCCCCUUCUUUCGCUUCCAUUUGUGGCGGCUAGAGAUACAGCGACGUACCGUGGGCAGUAAGAAUAACGGAUCAUCAAGUUUUUAUUUGAGGCGGACGAACGAGUACGACGAGUAGGAGUAGCUCGACUUUUGACUAGUGGGGUUCAUGAUUGCUCGAAGUACAACGAUACGACCUACCAGAAGAACAAGCAUAGCAAGUACAAGCCAAACACUCCAGCAAUCCAUCAGCUAUCCUCGAAAAGGGCUCAUCCUCCCUCUACCUAAACCUAGUUUCAUCUGAGCCUGUGGUCUACCUGCUGGUCUUACCCAGCAAUCAAUUGAAGAUGUGGGCGCAGCUUAUCCGUUUUGCUGCAGCAGUUCUUGCUGUUGGAGCAGCCGGAGCCGCCCCAGCCGCUGAAGCUGGAGUAGCCACUGCUGCAGCUGCCCAAUCCCCCAAAACUGCCAUUAAGACCUCCGGCGCUAGCUCUGGGAAGCAGUACUCGGUUUUCGACAUGAACAAUCCGAAAGGUCCGCGGGUGCUGGAUGUCCAUCAUCGAGGAACCACUCAGAUAACUUUAAGGCUUUACUGUGCAUGUGCUUGCUCUUCUUCAAUAUGAUUCAUGUCAGCGGAAACAAAUACAUUACAAUCUUCACUUCUGUUGUAAGUAGUUGUAAGAGUAAGUAGGAACUAGAGCUGCACGUCGGAGUCGGUGUCGGAUGCGUAUACGUAGUGGUCAUAAAAGCAGGACAUUAGAGAUGAGCAGGAUCAUUAAUAUAUCAACGCACAAUGUGUAGUACUUAAACUUAUUCUUCUUCAACAUCAACUUCAACAUCAAAUGGUUGGAAUUCUGUGGUAAUAAAAGAAAUAUUAUUCACCUUGCCAAAUAUUUUUAUUUUGAUGUACUACAGCUCGCACUUGAUUCUCAAUGUGUUAAUUUUUUCCUUCAUCAGACCUACACCUUCACCUAGGCCUAGUUCUGUUCUCGUACUGUAGUUCGUCUUGUUCUUCAUCUUCUAAUGCUAUGGGGCAUCAUAUUAUGCGUGGCGCAAUUCCUCGUGUACCUACUGCCGCUUCUCUCGCUCUUGGGAUUCAAGUUUGCUUUGGGCAUCACCGAAUUCAAUGCGAAAAGACUGAGUAGAGAUCAAGGCUCAGACGAGGAAGAUGAAGAAAACCGCCCACUUGUUGCAGACGCGAAAGACCAAAAGGUAUCUAUUUAUUAGUAGUACUCGUAACACUUACACUUCUUAAUUGCUAAUCAUACGCUUGUAAUAAUAAUAUUCUCAUCUCAACAGUCACCUUAGCAUUCAUAAUAUUCAGGAGCACGCCGAAUAGAAGUCCACAUGUCAAACUACUAAUACAACUACUAAACGCAUCCUUGUCUAUACAAACUGGAGACUUAACCCCCGGGGAUCCUAAAUCUACUGGUGAGUUAUACUUUUUAGUGCUGUGGCAGCACGGUAGGCUGGCUCGGCAGACCCAGGUCUUUGCCGGCGCCGGUCGUUGCACCUACGGCCCAUAAAUUUGCCACGGAGCGUGGCGGGAGGCCUUUACCUCCCCAGAGAGAGUUGCACACCAACGUCCGGGUGUCGUAACCCCUCUCGCGGCUCGGCCGGUGUUCGUGCACCGUCGCCCUACGAGUCAAUCAACCGGCACCCGCGAGGUUUCGGGUGCUCGCUCUUCGCGUCGGACGCUUUGGUCCGGGGCGCUUUGGCCCGGGUGCGCGGCUAAUCCCUCGGCAGUAGCAGGCGUUGUCCCCCCGCUGGGGGACAAGGUCACUUUGAACCUCCAGCCCUUUGGGCCAUCCUUUCUCGACGCCUCCUUGGUGCGCCUUCCAUCCUUUUCCCGACGACUGGAGGUUCAGAACCGCCAGGUGCGUACGUUUUUUGUACCCGGUACUGCUUUGAGUGCCCCUGAGCCGCUGCUACUGGCGCUCUUUGGCGCUAGGGCCGUCACCUUUUUGGUAACGGUAUUCUGUUGAAUCCGCCCUUUCUUCUGUAGCUUCUGCUUGGGGGUGAUCUUGAUCGUCCGCUUGACCAAGGUGUCCUCUUGGACCGCCUUGGGCUGCACGAAGACGCGCGGGGGUGGACCCCCCCCCGAGGGCCACCGCCUGCGCAAUCCGUGCAGCGGGAUGAAUUCCGAAGCCUCCCACGUUUUGUGGUCGGCUGUGUACUCGUCCCACAUUUUGCUGGACUGUUCCCAGCCCAUGUGGGUGAGGAAUUCAUCCUCCUUCACGGAGAUUUUCCCUUGCUCCCACUCGCGUCGCGUUGCCAAUGCGAGUCCUCUCCUGCAGCUGUGCAGCGUGCCGCUAAUUCCCUUCGCCAAGCUACUUAUCCUGGCCUUGCCUAAUGGGAAAUCAGAUCUCAUAACAGCGCCUUCGCCGUGCAUCGGGCAAAAGCGACUUCGUGCACCAGCUGUUUUUGCGUUGGUGUCGCAAUUGCAGUGGAUUUCUAUUAUCCUACCGCGUUGUUUGCGGAUUUUGUCUUCGGAUAUGUGGAUGCGCCACACGUCUCCUUUUUUGGAGAUGUCCGUGUCGUCCACCGCCGCGAUGCUGUCGCCCCGCAAUCCCGAUAGCGCCCAAAGGAGGACCAUUUUUUGGUCUUUUGCCUUUAGCGCCUCGAGCUUCGUACCCGGUAGGAAAGGCUUUGCUUUCCUCGGGUUGUGGUCUUGGAUUGUUCGUUCAAUUGCCUUUUCCACGUCCCCGAUGUUUCGGAGAAUGGCGGGGCUUUCGACUAGCCGCUGCGGGCCAUCCGCGGGUGGCGGUUCUACCAGCCACAUGAUGAUGCUGGAUGUGUACUGCGCGACUGAGGUGUAUUCAUUGAACACUAGGAAGGCGGCGAAUCUUUGCACCGCCUCCGGCCUCACGGGUAGCUUUUCACCCUUGGCCGCUAGCCAGUCGAGGAAGAAGGCGACUCGCGACUUUUUGUUUCUAGUCGUGGAGUCGGCUUCUCCCAUGGCGCGCAGCUCGUCGUCGUUUAGAUCGACAGCUUUGCGCAGUGCGUCCGCCCGCUUCGACAUUUAUUUAAUGUUACUUUUUUAUUUAUCUCUCGCUGUUGUUCCCUCUAACGUUCUUUUUAGUUUUUAUUUAGUUAGUUUGUUCUCUCGUCCUUACUUACUUUUUUGUCUAGGCUGGUUCGUGCGGCUGCUUAGGCGAACCUCCACCAUGGAUCUUGGCCUCCUGCCGUAUCUCAUGAAGUGGUCUCCCCAGCCUAGCUUCUUUACUUACUCGUAACUCCUUCCCACUCUGUUUUCCCUCUUUUUAGCUUGACGAGAUGUAACACGUCACUCCCUCGAACACUGCGCCGCCGCCGCCGCGUUUUCCCUUUCGGCCACCAGUCGUCACUGGUGGUUUGAUUUGUUUCCUCCCUCUCAACUAGAGUGUUUUUUACUCUGUCAAAAAGGACGAAUUUAUUGUUCCGCCACUAACUUAAUAAUGGUCCGGUGCCCCUGGUAAUUUGACCAGAGGGCUUAUGGCGAAUGCUUUUGCAUUCUGUUUUUCGAGGAUUUGUUGUCCUCGAGGCCGGUAGCCUUUUUCUUCCAGCUAGUCGCGUUCUAGCUUGUGCGUGGCUCCUUCCACCACACCGCGAGGGAGCGUUUGCUCCCAACGUGCUCCUUCACGUCUCUCCCCAAGAGGAUUUUUCCCUCCAUCACUCUCGAUUUAUCGGCGUCGAUCGCGUGAGCGGCUGUUUUUGCGCUCGUUCGAUCGCUUCGAUUUGUUGCGGCCACGAUUGUCUUUUUCGCGACUGUCGUUGCGAUGCCGUUGUCCCAGCGGAACCGCGUUUGCGUCGCUUCGCUGGGGUCCUUUCGGUUGGCGGCGUGUUCGGCCGUUUUUGGCCUUCAUCGCCUUCAUCGGCUGGACUUUCGGUUUUACGAAGUCUUUCGGGUGGCGGAUUGCUUCCUUGUCCUUCGCUGCCGCUCGUUUUGCCGCUGUGCCGGUUGGCUGCUGGUUGAUGUUUCGCCCUGCCAACCGGGCCGAGAAGAGGACUUCGGCCAGCUCUUUUUGCGAGCGGAUCACUUCUGCCCACGUUCUCUUGGCGAUAGUGAUGUCUGGGGGAGGACGGUUGCGGUCGAUGAGGUGGUGGUGUGUGCAUUCCAGGUGUUGAGCGUCGUUGCGACAGCCUGACUGCACCGCAUGCGCUUUGUGCGCGUGGAACCAGUGGCAUACCGCCGGCGGAAGCAUGAGUCCCAUAUUUUUCAGGGACUUCAAUGCGGACGGCUCCACUAAGCCGGUUUGAGGGAAGUACACGUAGUAUGUGGUGCGUGUUCCUCCCUUCGCGUUUCGGCGCUCGGCUAGCACCACGUCGACACGUUUGUCGAGGCGGCGGUUGUGGACUGGGUCCAUGGCCGGGUUGAAAUCUGUUUUUUCCAGAUCCAAACUCUCCAACCAAGUGUCGCUCGGCAUGGUUGUGCCCGUGUCGUCGUCCCCGCCGCUGUCGGCGUCGCUGCCGAACGGGUUUUGCGGGCCUUCGCUCGCCGAUCGCUCUCGCGAUUCGCUGCGGCGGCGGCUGUGGCUACGAGAGCGCAGUGUGACUGUCACACGUUCGCUUCUCGGCUUGCCUAAGCUCGCCUCGGCGUCUCGCAUGGAGAACAUUUCAUUUUUGAUUUCCUCCAUGUUCUCCUUGAAGAACGCUUUUUGGACGGGCGGUUUGAUUUUUCCCCCGUCUUCCUCGUCCGUGUAGCGCGCCUCGUCGAUGAGGUGGAGACCGAAGUGGUUGUACCAGGCCAGCAGGUUGAACAUGUAUCUGUUCACCAGCCCGGUCUCCCAGCGCUUCAUCUUCUGCUGGAGCGCGUCGAGGCUGCGGGAGCCUUCCUUCAUGAAUCCCAAGAACACCAUCAUUUUUUUGAUGGCGAUUUCUGGGAAGUUCUCGUUGAACUCGGUCAUGAAGUCGAAGGGCUGCAGGUCGGUGGCGCCGUUGAUGGCGCUUUCCACGCGGCGCAGCGUCUCCCAGCACUGGUCCAGGUUGCAUCUGUCCCAGUAGUCAGCCGGGACGCUGGCGACGACCUGUUUCCGGACCAGGUUCUGGAACGCGCUGUUUGUGCGCUGCAGGUUGUCUCCGUUAAAGCCUGCGAUGGCGCAGUUUGAGACCUUGGGUUGGUUUUUUCCCACCUGGGCUUCGCCCCAGAUGCCUGCGGCCGCGUAUGCUCCGAAGAGCAGCGCCAGCGCCUUUUGGUUGAGGCGUUGGCCUGCCGUCGUGUUCAGGACGCUGUUUUCGUCCACGUCGAAAACGGAGCGGAGGCCGUGCUUUUCCACGUGUUUUAAUAACGCGGUGAGCACGUGGUUCGCCUGCUUAGAGGCUUUUUCUCCGUUCGUGAAGAAGCAGUUUUUAUACUGCUCCUGUGCGUCUGCGACUUCCUCGCCCGGAGUUAAGACGGAAGGCCAGACGACUUUCACCUCUGUUUUCUUCUCGACGCCGUUUACGCGUCGGUAGACGAAGAAUUUUUCUCCUUCGCUAGCCGGGCGCGUGUCGUCAUAGGAGAGGAUUUUGUCCUCUCCGCUGCUGUUCAAAGCCGUUGCGAUGGCCUUUGCGGUCUUCUUCGCGAACGUUUUGAACAGAGCUGCCGUCUCCGGCGGCUCCUCGGAGGACUCUUCGCUUUUGUCGGCGAAGUCCACGGAGUCCUCCUCCUCUUUCUUUUUGGCUUCGAGCUCCGCCUUGCGCUGCUUCUCCUCUUCUUCGAGGAGCUUUCGGUCCUCCUCCUCGUGCGCCUUGCGGACCGACGUCCACGGCGUCUUGGCCGGCUUCGCGUCCCAGUCGUUGAGCACCUCUUUGUUGGUGCGCUCGAUCAGGUAGCGGACUAUCACCUCCUUUUUGGCGGUCUGCGCCGGGACUUCCGCCAGGUUCAGCUGCGGGUUUUCCUCCCGAAACUUUCGUUUUUCGGCGAGCUUCGCGCCGGCUUCAAAAGUCUCUUUUUUAAUCAGAGACUUCGAGGCCCAGGGUUCGGCCGUUAGUUCCUCGUGGUAUGCGCCCAACCACAAGUGGAACCACAUCAAGGUGGUGCCCUGUUCGGUUAGGGUUCCACCUUCCCCCACGAAGCGCGGGUCCUCCAGGUCUUUUUUGACCGUGUCGAUGAAUUCCGUUUCCGGAAGUUCACCGACCAUCUGUCGGAGUGCUGCAAUCCAGUCCUGGAUGUUUGCGCAGAAGAUGAGUUUAUCCUCAUACUGCGUCUUCUCCUCCAGCUGCUUUUGCAGCGCCUCCAUGGCCUCCGCCAUGGAGGGGUGAAACAGUGAUCCGUCGAUCAGUUUCAGAAGGGCUUUGCCCUUCUCGUCGACGUCCUCGCUCCCCACAGGAUUUUUGCCUGUGUGGAUGACGAGGUCUCCGACGCUUUUCAGGGAGGUCAUUUUGUUUUUUGUUUUGCUGAAAACCAGAGUGCGGGGGCACUACUAGUCACUAGUUUCUAGAUUGCGAUUAUACGCGCACAGAAAGUCCCUGGAUUUUUGGGAAAAAGAAAAGUUUUUAGACCUGCCCAAGCUAGCUUUCAGCUUGAGGUUACGAAAAUGUGCUGCCACAAGCGCCAAACCCUCGCGGCGAUUUUUGCCCCGCGAGGGGAUGGCGCGCCGCGCGCGCGGCGGAACUCGAUUUUUACGAGCUCCCCAGCACCCCCCACUGGGCGCCACGCGCCUGCCCACCGCACCGCCGGAGGGCGCGUUGGCCCUCCCGCGGCCUACGCACGAGCGCUUUGGCCCGUGCGCCGGCAGCCCGCUCCGCUCCGCUCCGCUCUGCUCCGCUCUGCAUGUGAACUCCGCCCCGUGGGUGUAGCAUUAACGCUCUCACCCGACCGCACCCGAGCCUCCGUGGAGGCGCGAACCGUGGUUCGCCUUCGCCGAGAUGCGCCAUUGCAUCGACCGGCGGCGUCGCGCGUGAGUGCAUUUUUCGCACCGCACACGACGGGGUUCGCGGGGCCCGUUGCCCCCAACCCUCUCCCUAGUUGGUCCCUCAGCCGACAUUUUUUGUCGACUGUCGUCCAGGAACCUUCCAGAGAGCGUAUCUUUUCUCUCACCUAAGUUAACUCACCAGUUAGUAUAAUCACUUCCCCCGCAAGCUCCUCCAGUGCAUAAAUAUCUUUAUCUUGAUCUUUGUGAUAAUGAGAGCAUCUUUAUGUAUGAUUGUUGUACUUCUACACCACGUUCUUCAAUUUCAUGUUAGUAACAAUUAUUGUUAUAAUAUAUCAGCAUCAGGAUCAGGAACAAUAUCGAAUUAUAAUCAGAGCAGUUUAUAGCACGCAUGGUGCAUGGAGUAGCAUGGAGCGCAUGGAGCGGAGACCCAUAAGGGACGCAAGAGGCGCCCCCUUUAGCUCCAUGCAACUCCGUGCGAUCCGCGCACUCCAUGCUAUGCGAGCUGGCGAACCUUGUAAAUUACUUUGUUAUCUGAAUACUUCAGAACGACAUGCCGCCAGAUGGAGUAACAAGCAUGCUGCUUGCGAGUGCAAGCUGGACCUUUUACUUUACGAUUCACAUGUGGACCGAUUGGGCACAGCUUGGAGGGAUGGUACUAUGUAUCGAUUAGCGGAAUAAUAUAAAUCAAUGAACAAUACUAGUACAACGAUGAAAUCGACAUCGAAAAGGACGACGCUUUCCAUUUCCUUUCGUGUAUACUAUAAAUAUCAUGGCCAUCUUCAAAGAAGACGUGUUAGUAAUAAAUGUAUAGUACAAAUAUCAUAAUCGUACCGCCCUUAACGCAAUCAUCAAAGCACACGAGUUAGUAACGGCUUUACGCGUACUAGUAGAACUACUUGUGUAUUGAGAAACUCGUGGAAAGAUAAUCAUAAUUUAUUGUGAUAGGAGCGCUCUACCUGUUAUGAUUUGUUGACGAGUCAUCUUCAUGAUCAAGAGCCGCGACGAGGACAAACAAACAUAAAGAUUACUAUCACCUUCACGACCAUCUUAAUCUUUAACAGUGGGUUUACCCCUUGAGCGUUUCCGUGCUCGGACUCGUUCUCGCCAUAUUCUACGUUGUGUACUAUGGUAAAAAAGUUAUGGUGGCGCAGUUGUACAAGACGCAGUAUCAAUGUCAGUUGGCCUCAAGCAUCUUCUUGCUCUGCAUCUACCUCUUCUUCCUGGGAUUCCGCAUGACCUUAACACUCGGGUACUUUUCAUCUGUAGCAGCCUCUUUUUCAAUAAUCGGAAUUAGUUGUGGUCACAUUAUUUUGUCGAGGAAAAUCUUCACGUACCUACAGUGGUUGUAGCAAAAGAUAAAACUAUCGAUCUUCUUGAUCUUCUUCAUCUGUAGCAGCCUCAUCUUCAAUGAUCCGAAUUACUAUUACUCAAUUGUUCUUGCUUUACUUGUAAUAUUUGAUGUUCCUUUUCAGUUUUCGUACCUUUCAUCCUCUUCUUGGUCUUGUCUACUUACAGUUCAUCUCCUCGGUCUCAGUUAUCUACUACACAAUCCAUCUUAAAAAUCUUCGCUAGGGUGUGCAUGACCAUUGUGAUGGUGCUGCAGCAGUUGAGCCCGCUCCUGAUCGUGUUCAGGGCCGCGAAAACUUGCAAGAAUAUUCCCUGUUAUUUAAGGCAUGACCCAGAUUCUUGUUCUUCUUGUUCUUGUGACUCACUAGAAAGUAUACAGUAUAGAUCGAUGAUACAACAGGAGCAACACAGCUAAUAUACAGAGAUGGAGCCUUCUAGUUCUACUCGUCAUCAAGAAAUGUGUUUUAUACAGAGAUGGAGCCUUCUAGUUCUCAAGAAAUGUGUUUUAUGAUAUUUUUGAGUAAGUCAGUAUAUUUAUAUUACUAUUGUCUUAAAUUUUUAUUAUCUUCAUCCUCGUGGUCGUAGGUUAUUUCGUUUCUUUUCUUCUUCUAACUUCUCCCACGUUGCUGUACAAUGUUCUGGCACUGACGCAAAGCUGCAUAUGGUGCUUUGUAGCCGGAUUCGGAUGGGUCGAUCCGGUGGCGUUCUCUUUCUUCCUCAUCCAGGGAGUGCUGCAAUGUAUCGUUCUCUGUAUCGUGCAGGCUGGUGCGUUGUGCUCUAAACAAGCCUUGAAGGGCGGCUACAGCAAAAAAGAUUUCAAGCAAGUUUAUGGAUCAAACGGCGGCAUCAAUGGUUAAUCUGAGUACAACUCAGAAGUUAAAAUCAAUCUUCAUGGACUUCUUGUGAUAUAAGAAGCACGUGAUCGAACACGUAGAAGUUUUUCUUGCUUCUUCAUUGUGUCUCGUCAGUAUUCUUGUAUUAUAGAUACACCUCGAUCUCGAAGAUGAUGCAGCAGCUACAAUUCCUUUCAUUCUGCUCUUGGCUGUUUUUAAUAUAGAUGAUCGUAGAACUACAACUGCAGAUUGAUCAAGAUGUCGGCGAGGAAUGAUCAUGUCUGUAAAUUGUACCCACCAUAUACUAUUAAUUUCUGCACCGGAGCACUACUACUAGUAUUAUAUAACCGAAACUACUACAUCGAGAUCCACACAAAUUUUUGGGAUCUUUUCCUGGAUCGGUCCCAAAGGGGCCCAUCCUUCAGGUCGCUCGCAGCUCGGACUCGGGCGGGUCGUCGUCCCAGAAAUUGGCGUGGGUCUCGAUGUUCCAUGUAUAUACUACAAAUGUGAUUUAUAAUUUUACCAGACAGUUUCCUUUCCCACAGCACUGACCCCUUUACCCCACUCACAUUUCUAAGAACUUUUCAGCCCGCGAGAUGCGUCCAGAGCAAGCGCAGGAGUACGCGAAUCGGCAGCAAUUGAAGAACCAGCAAGCACGCAUAUCGGAUGAAGUCAAUAGAAGACGUUUCGCAAUCCAGUAGGUAUAGAUACGAUUUGCGGAGUUUCCUUCGGCAAUGUCUUUGUAGAUCAUGUGAGGUAGUAGUUGUGCUAUUAUUUACAAGGACGGUGGAGAAUAAAAAUAUGUCUAUGGAGCUCGAUGCGUUGAUAAUGAACAAGUAGAAGGUAGAUCAUUUGAAUCGAAUACUUUAAUAUUCAUGAGUAUUUUGAUUUUCAUACACAUUCAUAGACACGAGCACGACCACGACAUAGAAGAAGUAUCUAUAGGUUUAAUUGGUCUUAGUAAUCAAAUUACUUCGCCCGCACUCGCAGAAGAUGAUGCCACAGCUCCUAAUAUGUAGAGCCCUGUAGUGAUAAAUGCGCAUACUUAUGCAUAUCCAUAAGAAUUGAUGCUAAUGAAGAGCUUAAAUGCAACUGUUGAACUUGACCCGUGUAUUUACCGACACCAUAACACAUCAAGUAGAACACGUCGAAUUUUUCAAAAAACGGUUUAUGGAGCUAUUGCGCCUCUGCUUAACGAAGCACAUCCACAUUCGUAUGAAUCUGAAGAAGGUCUGAAUUUAUUGUCGAUCGCUUCGUGUUGAUGUUCAUCCUUCGACUCUUCCAUCUAUAAUUCAAGCUCAGUUUAUUUACUAGACACCUAUUCUCUAAGUCUAACUAAGAUCAUGGAUGACAUAGUCAUAGCAAUGCGCGGAUUCUCUGUAUCAAGAUGAAGAAAUACAUUUACAUGUGGAUAUGUCAUAGAUUUUCGUGAUGGUCAUUCGUCCUCGCGUUCCCAGCACAAGAAUCUCAUCAAGCAGGCAAGAAGCAUAGAUAUAGGAAAACUACUUUUUGUAAUCCAACUGCCACGGCAUUAGUCAUCCACUCUAUAUUGAUUGAUUAUAUACAAGAUUCAUUUUAUUCCACCUAGUAUCGAUGAUUCUAACCAUCAUGUUCACAUUGAUUCACGUACAUCGCAUCCAUAAAUUGACUCACCUGGGGGUCAUGAACCGACUCGGCAAAAAGGAAAUGCACAAAGGAAACUUUACUGCCUCUUCUACAUCAAUGGAUGUAGUCGUGAAAGAGUCAUGAAACG